AAACAGUCAAACGUUCUGAAGUUGACAAAAAUCCUGUUCUUCGGAUGUUGUCAGAGGUUGCUGAGAGGAUAGCGGGCGGCGCUGCAGUUUGAGGAAGUUUGAGAUGCCUGAGUCAGAGUUGCAUUGCGCUCGUCUUUAUCAGAAAGUCAAAAAAGCAGCUGCGCUUCACACCCGAAUCGGACGAACAGCAGAAGAGCAUCCGUUCGGGACCACUGCGAAACACCAUUCUGCACAAUGGGAGCAUCCUCAUCCAGCCUUUUGGACGAAAGUAAAAUAAGCUACAUAAGAGGCCGAACAGAGGCAGAGCUGAAGAACUUCACUCCUCAUUACAGAAGACAGAGCUGUGUCACUUUCUUUUCUUAUCUAAAGGAUGAGGUGGAACAGCACAGAUCAGGCCAGGCCCAGCUGCUCAAACAGAAGGAGCCUCUGCAGGCCACUGAGGUCCUGUAUAAGGACAGCAUGCUUUACUUUGAUGACAACAGGAAGUGGAGAGAGAGAUUUGUUGUAGUCUGUGCUGACUAUAGCCUGGAGCUACAUGAUAGCCAAGAGACUUUUACAAAGGGAACACCUGCACGCCACAAACUCCUUCCAACAGGUGGCGCUGUGUUGACUUCAGAGGAGAAAUACAAUGCUGUCGUAGACAAGGCCUUGCCUGAUCCUAAUGGAUGUAAAGAAGAGUCCUCUGUCCCUCUGGUGGUGGUUCCUGGUCCUCUUCCUGUGUACCUGAGACUGCCUUACAGACGAGACUACUACUUCUGUUUCCAGCAAGAAGAGAAACGAGCCCGCUUUGUCUCAAUAUUGAAUGACUGCAUUCGCCAUCAGAACCAAGAUUAUCUGAAGAGUAUGACCUGUGAAGUGCAGGCUUUCCUGAAGGCCAUUCACUUCUACAGACAGGAAAAGGGUCAUUAUGAAUCAUGGGAGAUGCUGGUGGGCACUGACUUGCAGGUGCUGGCUUACCUGGUGAUGGAGGAGUUACUGCCCUCCUUGCAGACAGAGCUGUUGCCCAAACUAAAGGGAAAGAAGCCAGAGAGGAAGAGGGUGUGGUUUGCGACAGUGGAAGCAACAUAUGAGCUUGUGCAGGAACAGCUGCGAGAGGGACUAGAGAGUUUGAAAAAUGAAUGCAGAGAUGCCACCAAACAGCAGGAGGCACUCAUACGCUCAGACAUGGACCAGAUCACCAACUCACAAACAUUUCUGGAAAUGAAACUGCAAGCUUUGGUAUCAGAGCCAGCCAUGAAAUACAGUUCAGAGAGUGUCGCCCCAUACCUUGCCUCUAUCCUGGAGGAGCUGAUGGGUCCAGUCAGCGCAGGUUUCCAGGCCGUGAGGUUGCUGUUGGAGGAUGAGUUGACCCGAUUCUGCAAGGAUUUCCCUCAGGGGGGAGUCACAGAGGAAUUUCAAACAGCUCUGGAGCAGGUGUGUCGUGACCGGAUGGAGGACUGUUACCAGCAUGUGAACAUUUUGAAUGAACAGCUCCAGGAACUACGCAAUCGCUUUAAGUUCUCCAACUCAACACGAGUAGUUCACAGCACCCAGGGUCAAAUGCAGCAGCUGACGGAGAAUGCCGUGUACACUUUUAAGCUGCUACUUCAGUCUGCCUUAAUGGAUAAACCUGAUAAACAGGCCUCAGUUAUGGAGAAAGCCAAGCUACGUGUCCUUAAGCAAUUUGACUAUGACAGCAGCACUGUGAGGAAGAAGAUAUUCCAGGAGGCCCUAGUUGACAUCACUCUGCCUGCUAUCAUGAGAAACCUGGCCCCUGCUUGCAAAACUGAGCUUCAGAAUUAUGAACAAUUCGUCUUUGCUGAUUAUGCAAACUUUGUUCAAGUUGAGAAUGUCUAUGAAAACAUAUUACUCAACAUUUUGAACAAUGAAGUCAACAAAGUGGUGAAGGAUGCUGCCAAUCUGAAGAAGAACAACCUGUUUGCUGACAGUACUGACCUGUACUGUGUUAGUCAAAGCAGCUUAGCUGACAACCGGACGCCACCCAUCUCUGCCCCAUCCAGCCCACCAAAAGUAUUGGCUUUUUCUCAACAGGCUGGGCAGAAGACCAUCUCUACAUUAGGAGCAACUAUCAUUGAAGAGACCCACCAAACACAUGAUACUGCAGUAAUUCCUAUGGUGAAGAUUACGGUGUCUUCUCCAGAGUCUUUGGAACCUACAUUACCAUCAAGCAUUGCUGAAACAGUUCAACCAGACAUUCCAUCAACAAUACCUAACAUUUCAUCUCCUGCUCUUGAGGGAUCUUCUAACUCUGAUGCCAUAACAGUCACAUCUGAUACCUCCACACCCAAACCUGACAUCUCAGAGACUAAUACAGGAUCAAACACAUCUGAUGCGCCUACAGCCAUAGCUGAAACCAUAUUAUCCACAGAGGAUUUGUCUUUAUCAGGACCAGAGAAACUUUCUUCAGAAGUGCAGGAUAGAGCUACAGAGGAACCUUUGUCUGAGGGUCAAUGUUCAUUCAGUAGUACCUCUUCCUCUGUCAGUUCUGACCGGGCAGUCUCUCUUAACUCAACAGUUGUCCUGAAGACAGGCAGUCCUGGUCCUCUUGCUGAGACAUCUGAAACAGUGUCUGUUGUGGCUCCUCUGUGUGUUAGUGCUGCAACAGAUGAGGAUAACAUAGAUGCAGUUCCUCAGUCUGAAAUCCAACCUGAUUCUACCCCAAAGAUAAAUGAAAACAUAGAGACUGAAGGGGAUGCCAUUGUUUCCGAUGAGAACACUGUGAAUAACAGAGCCUGUGAUGUAGUGCCCUCUAGUGUUGAGAAUAGAAGUGAAGAGCAAGAUACCAGCCAUAUGGGUAUUUCUACUCUUGACUCUGUUCCUGAUGUUCCAGUGGGGAGUGCGGUUGCUUUAACAUCAGAGCAGGAGAACCAAAGUGACACCAGCACAAAUUCACCAGAGCAGGAUUGCACUGCUGGGGAUGAAGACACAGAGGAUGUCGCUGACAGCGUGAAGGCUAUCAAAGAUCUCAUCAUGGAGGUAAUCGAGGUAGAGGACAUAGUGAGACCUUGUGUUGAAAACUAACAAGUUUGCAUUUUAAUACCUUAAAAAUGUUGAAUGAAAGGUUUAACAGCUAUGCAACUCUGCUAAGAAAAAAAAAAAAAGACUACAGUGUUUCUGUAUAAUUUGUUUUUGUAGUUAUAUCAGUAUUUCAUUUACCAUUUUUAAAAAUAUAAUUAUUGACAUUACACGGUUUGGCAUGACAAUCCAUGUUAAAUACUUUGACUCACACAGUAACCAAGUGCCUGUAUAAAAAGUAUUAAUAUAUCUCUUUUUUAAACACUGAAUCAUAUUGAGAAAAAAGAUGGCUAUUCAGAUUGAAGCAUUAUUACUUUUUAAUGCUUGAAUUUCAUGUUGAUAUUUUUUUUAAACAUUGUGAGGCCAAUAAAGAAAAUCAAAUGACAAAGAACAAAUAACUACAUUUUUAGAGGAUACCCAAAUGUUUUUAUGGGACUGACUUAUUUAUUAACAUGAUGUACUGGCCUAUGCAGACAACCAAUUUGUUAUAGUUAACAUUUCGAAUCAGAAGAUCAUAUCAUAAGAAAACAAAGCAAUUUUUGCUCAGUUUUUGAAAUAGAGAUACUUUUGUAUAUACAUGUUGGCCUGUCAUUCAUUAUCACUGAGGGAGUCUGUAAAAUAAAUUUCCACAGAACAGAAUAA